AUGCUAAGUUCAACGCCCACAAUCGACUAUUUCAACCAGAUUCACUGCCUUGAUUCGAGUCCUACUUCGAAGUUCCAGGACUGGUCAGCGUUUCUUCAAGAACCAGAAUCACUCGGUCAAUAUCUUCAACCUAAAACAUCGCCUGUCUGUCACCCGCAUGACAUGAAAGAAGGAUACGAUACCACACUUAUCAAUAAUUUCCAUCUAUCUCCCAAGGCUCUGCGGAAGCGCUCUCUUGAAGAUACAAACAUCUGUACUGAGCCACAUACACUGACGGCCACAUCGCACACAUCUUGCGACUCCGAAGUUCCUCGGAGGAAGAAAAGUAGAACAGAUCAGCCAUCGACUAAACCACUUCCAGAGCGCCACGCUCGUAAACAGAAUUUCGCAUGUGAUCUCACGAUACUAAUUGAAGUAUCUCGACCUCCUUAUGAUGGUGUAUUUCCAGACCUAUGCCGAAAGUUGAAGAUCAAAUGUGUGUUUAACCCUGGUAAAGAGAAAUGCGAGCGAUGCGAGCGAGGUGAUGUAGAAUGCUUAGAUGGGAGCUUAAUGAGAGCUGCAGCGGCGGCGGCCAGGGCUCAACAGGGAUUGAAGAAGCGAAAAAAACGACCUCUGGAAUCCGAGGGAGGUAGCUCUGAUCCUGAGCCUAUGCACUUGACCACUAGAAGAAUCAAGCGUACUUACCGAAUGGUUAUUGCCCUUCAUAUCGAGAGCAGUCAGACGCGAACCACAGCUGAUAUUUUCCAAGACGUUGUGGAAGAGCCCAAGUCAGAAAUCCAGAUAGGUAGCACUGUUCAGGUGAAGAAGAGUACACAACAUCAUUACAAAGCUAAAGAAUCAGUUGUCACCCGCGUCGUUUGCAAGGUAGUAGCCGUCUACCUAGAUGGAUCGGAAUCUGAUCCUAUUCCCAUCAACCUUGUCAGACUUUCCGAGAAGCAAAGAGGUCAUUUUCAGACUACCGAUCCGAUUUCAGAGUACAAUUCCAAUCUAUCUCCUUCUGUGGAUGGCUCCGAAUGGAAUGCAAUGAGCACGCAGCUAUCUAUUUCACAUUCACAGGAAAUCAAGAAUGAUGAUCAUGCACAUUCAUUGCUAGCUAUCACGAACCAGUCAAGCCAAUCUCCUGCACCACUCGUGCAAGGUUCCCUCUCAGGUGGUAUCAUCUCGACAUUAGACUAUCCCCUACCCUCUCCACCUCUCUCAAUGUCGAGCUCAGAGCAUGCCUCGCAAACGCUCAAUGUGCAUAAUGACAUUACACUGAAUGCACCAAAUGGGCAAUUAAUGAAUCAGAAACGCCUUGUAAAUCCAAAUCAGAAUAUAGGACCUCCUCCACUCACAAUCAACACAGCCCUCGCUUCUGAUUAUUUUUUGCAUCAACCGAUCGACUCCGCCAUGGCUACACCGAGCACUGCGUUCAACCCUCACCUAGCAUACCCUAACUCGCAAUCGACCUCUCCCAAACAAGAUGGAACUUACGGGUUCGAAACUAUGUUCUCACACGAGCUCUCUAAUGGUUCAUACGACCCGGGAAAUCAUAGCAACACUAGCGUAAUCGGAAAUGAACAUGGCCACUUAUCCGAUGGAUUGUCUCGAGCAUCUUUUGAUACCGCUAGUAGUCCGACAGGAACCUCACACAGCUAUCGGUCAUCUACCCCAGUCGUAUUCAAACCCCAGAGCCUUUCGAGCUCAACAAUGUCUAAUCCCUCCCCAGAUAAUUCGGUGGCCCUUUUCGCGAAACUACAAGAGCUUUUGAACAAGGCAUUGAACCAGAAUACCCAAACCAAUAUGUCUAAUGACUUUUCGAGUUCCACCGAAUCAUCAGAUUCUAUUGAUACGGCACAAAGCGCACUAAGACAAUUCUUGAACGAAAAUGAAGCUUUAAGUCAAUCAACUAUACCAUUUGUUCAAAACCUCGGAAAUCAAAAUGGAUACAAUAAUGAAUUUAAUGAUUCUAAUCAAUGGGUUUAA